CGGGGCUCUUCUCUCCACAACCUUCACACACGAAGGGGAACUUCGAAUGUAUGCGCUUGCAUACGCUUCGGAGAUCUGUCAAAUCCUAGUCCCUCAGCGAGUCGUUCGACCCAGAUCACGAUCACAUCGCGCGAGUUCUACCGCCCAUUAGAUGCGAGUCGAACAAGCAUAAAGUCGACAGACAGGAGCGAGAGGGAUCAGAAAGGCGGUCGUCGGAGCACCAAGAAGAGUGGAGCUUUGCGAAAGUGCGCGGAGGCGACUGUUCCAAUUUUCGAUCACCCAAGUGGCGUGGAGUGGCGCGAUCAAGCGGACUUGCCCUCGGGCUUGCGGCUGGCAAGAUGUUUUUUUACAAUGCGCUGAAGCACACCAUUCAGCUCCACCCGAGCUUCUUUGGUCCCAACAUUGUUCAACACUUGGAGCUGCAGCUUAAGCAAGAGGUCGAGGGGACCUGCAACGGAGAAACGGGCUACAUCGUCAAAGUUAUGAAGGUGAUCGACAUCGGAGAUGGUCUCAUCAUUCCUGGAGGCGAGGGCAGAGCCGAAUUCAACAUGGAGUACCAUGCCAUUGUACUGAAACCGUUCAAGGGAGAGGUAGUGGAUGUGAUCGUGACGAAUGUGAACAAGAUGGGCUUCUUCGCCUCGUACGCACCCGUCGAGGUCUUCGUCUCGGUUCACCUCUUGCCCGUGGACUACAAGUUUCAGCCCGACUCCAACCCGGCUGAGUUUGUCUCUCCAAAUGGCACUACGCUUGUGAAAGGCAAGAAGUGCAGAAUCAGAAUUGUAGGCACGCGUGUGGAGGCCAAUGAGAUCUUCGCCAUCGGCACCAUGAAAGAGGACUAUCUCGGUCCAUUCGACUAGCUCUAUACAGAGCCAAAGGCAGCAUCGCUCUUUCAAGGGCCAUAGACGCCUUUCAGCCUUCAGCAACCAAGAUUACAUGUACACUACCAGCAAAGAAUUCUCGACACAGACUCGACACAACAGACUCGACAAGAUCGAACGUUAAACAGCGAAUAGUCCACACAAAAGUGAAGCAAUCCAGAUUCCUGUGAUUGAAAACAGAGCGAAGACGUUGCGGGGUCUGAGGAUGAAUGGCUCGUGCGAUGCGAUUGCUGGUGAUGUUGGCUGUGAGGGAAAGGAAAUUCUGGGCGCUCAGUCACUCGGGAGAGCGACAAGCGGUGAUCACCAAAAGUCGUCUUCAGCUUCUCCCUUGCCGCCAGACUU